GAGCGGGUGGGACGGGGCGGGGCGGAGGUGGGAGGGGAAUGGGAAGCGCGAGGGUUCGCCGGCUGCUGCUCAGAGCGCGGAGGAGGGAGGGAGCGGAGGUCGCGCGCGGGGAAGCGCAGAAUGGAAACAGAUUAUAGUCACAUGGAACUUAGCAGUAACAUAGAAAUUGAAGAAGAUUCUGAAUUUCAAGAUUUUGAAAGAACAGAUGUAAAAGACAUGAGACUAGAAGCCGAAGCAGUUGUGAAUGAUGUUCUUUUUGCUGUUAGCAACAUGUUUGUCUCCAAAAGCCUGCCUUGUUCAGACGAUGUUGCAUAUAUAAAUGUGGAAACAAGAGAAAGGAACAGAUACUGCCUGGAGCUCUCAGAAGCAGGGCUUAGGGUUGUGGGUUAUGCUUUUGACCAGGUGGAUGAUAAUAUACAAACUCCCUACCAUGAGACAAUAUACUCUUUGUUGGAUACCCUUAGUCCAGCAUACCGAGAAGCAUUUGGAAAUGCACUGCUAAGAAGACUGGAAGCUUUGAAACAGAAUGAUCAGUCAUAAUUUAUUCUACAUUGUAAACUUAUUUUCUGCUAGGCUCGCUGCUGGAAACUUUUUAAAUUUAGAACCUAGAUUCUUGCUAAUGAAUAUAACAUAAAAUCAUUUUUUAUUUUGUUUUUAAGCAUAACUGCUUGCUUCAGAUAUAGGCUUCUCACUCCAAGCAGUAUUAAUAAUAAACUCUUCUUGCUACUUCUCUUCCACCUAAGGAAUUUGGCAGCCCUAGAUUUGUGAUAUAGAUCAUGAAUACAUUUAGAUUUCUUUGGAAUACUACUGCAUUUUGAAAACAAAACAGUAUUUUACUAUAAAAAUGCAGGACUUUAAUGCAUCUAGUACUACAUACAUAUGGAGUUCUAGGCUUGCCUAAUAAAAUUGGCAUUCUAAUUAAUUCUCUACAAUUUUAAUCCAGCUUGCUAAAUCAGGGGUUCAAUGUUAGCUUGGACUGAAUUUGUAGUGAUUGUUUUGCUACUGGCCUUACAGGGAACGAAUCAUCAGCUAGUUUCCCCUGCACAAACUUUUAAAUUGCUGAAACUAUUUAUACUAGUGCAAAUUGAUAAAAAUGAAUUAAUUGUAUAUAAUUUAUCUAGUAUUAUUGUGCUAAAUGACACAGGGAUUAGAAUAGUUUUAUGUAUCCUAUUUGCAACAGUCAGCCAGCUAAAUAAAGGAUAAGCCUUUAGCCUAUGAAUGUAAAAAUGACUGUCUAAUCUCCAAGAUACCUAAGCACAGAAUAUAAAAAUAGGCUCCAUCUUUUUUUCUUAAUAAAGAACAUCAUAAAAUUGCAUUGUUAAAAAGAUGUUAUAAUCUGUUUUCCUAGGAAACAAUAUUUUGGCCCAUGUUGAUUCUUAUUUUUCUGAAUGUUUGUUUACAUAAUGUACAGUGUUUAUAUAUUCAAAAGUAUUUUUGCUUCGAUGUUUACUUUCUAAAAUGUAGUCCUCUGGUAUCCUUGAUACUUCCCUCUUUCCCUCCAAAUGUACAGUGUUUUGUCUCAAUGCUAAAUCUACAAUGUCACAAUGCAUUGUAUGGGCUUGAAACCAAAGGACGUAUGAAGCGUUCAAAGACUAAUAUUUGGAAAAAGGAUACUCUGUAUUUUGUAUUUUAUUACAAGUACUAAUAUUUGUAAGUUUAUUUAACUGAAUCAUGCUGCUAUGUGUUUUCAGGUCUGUGUUGGAUGGGAACAAUGGGGAUUGGUUUUUAAAUAAUCAGUUAACACUGUAGAAGUAGAAUUCAAUACCUGGAUAUGCUUCCUAAGUCUACUGAAUUUACAAAAUGUUACUCUUUGUUUAAUAAUAAAAGAUAAUUCAUUUUUGUUCUGACUAAAUAUUAAUUUGUAUAGGCCAGAGCAAACUAAACAUUAAUUUGGAUUUUGUAGUCAAACCUUAUUGGAAUGUUUGUGUUAAAUUUUAGAAGACGCGUAUUUGUAGCUUUGUUUUCAUGCUUAACAGUAAAAACAACUUGCAUUUGAAUUAAAAUUCCUCAUGCUCAUUCUCAGGCUAAAUGUAAAAAAAAAAUCUGUUAAGUCUGAAUAAAUUUUUCCUCAUUUUUAGUUAAGUAUGAAGAAAAUGGGUUUUUUGCUUGGAGAAAAUUGAAAUUGCCGAUUUUAUGAUUUGGUUCAGGGCUCAUUAGUUCUCAUUUAACAAUUCCACAUUUCCUUAAUUAUGUGUUAGAAGGAUUAAUUUGGUUGGUUAUCUUUGAGAAAGAGGCGAGAGGUUGAUUUAUUCAAUUUAUAGGCACUUCAGUGUUUAUUUUGAUUUAAAAUUAUAUUGAAUUGGAUCUGUAAAAUGUGGGUUGCACAUCCUAUCUCACAGCAGUUGUGAGGAAAGCACUUUGUAAACCUUAGAGCACUAUGAAAUGUUAGUAGCCUUUGUUGGCAUACAUGAGAAUUUUAGUCAUUACAGAUUUCAGCUUUGCCUUAGCUAUUUGAAGAAUUCGAUCAGUGGGUUUCUAAAGGAGAUUGUGUUUUCCUAGGUUUUUAAAAGAGCUAUAUUUAAUAAAAAUAAACUUCUAGAAUAAACUCUUACUAGUUUUAAGAUUGAACAGGUACUACGAUUGAUUUUAAUGGGCAUCUAGAAUUUUCUGACAUCACAUAGUGUUAGCCUUAAUCUUUUUUACCUUAUAAUUAAUAUAGUGUUUGCUCUACACAUGCUUCUUAUUUUAUUUCUUUUUCUGGGUAGCUUGGGAGAACCAUUGGUAAAUAUAAGUGUGUAUGUAAAUGCAGAAAUUCUGGAGUUUUUUUCUUCAUGGCCCUUCCUCUUUUUACAAAAGCCCCAUUAUUUCUAGUUAGAUUGUCUCCAAAAACCCCAAGAUACUAGCUAUUUCAGUGUAGCAUCACAAGGACACUUGUUAUCACACCUUUCACAUGCAGGUCCAGCUAUAUUCCCCAUUCCCUCUGUCUUCAUUGUGUGUGUGUGUUGGGAUGGAAGGAUAGGGAAUUGAAAGGACAUCUAAACAGAGCUAAAAGGUGUAUGUAGACAAAAAUCCCAACACUUCCACCCUGAAAGUUGUAGGAGGGUCAUUUAAGCAUCGAAGUUCAUACAGAGCAGAGCAGUUGGGAUGGUGAGGGGAUUGGAGACCCUGCCAUACAAGGACAUGAACUUGGUACCCUGAGAAAGAAAACUUGUAGGGAAGGAAUGGGUACAGUGAUAAUACAGGAAUUGUCUUUAGUGACUGCGUAUCUUAGAAAAAAUGUGGUUCAUUUUGUUUUCUGCUUGACUCUAGACAUGUGUAGAUGCAAUGAGAGGAAGUUUCAUAAAGGUAAAGUCCCACUAAAGGAAAAAUUCCCUAAAAUUAAAAUUGUCUGAAAAGUGGGAUAGAAUGCCUCCUAGAAAUGUGGCAAGCUAGGAGGAAUUUUGUGAUUUUCCUUGAGGAAGCAAAACAUCUAAGAGAGCAUCAAGAAGGAAGAGAGGAAAGCUACAUAUUUUGUAGGGGGGAAGUAGAGAGGAUCAGAGCUCUAGAGGUAGGAGGGGCUUCUCUACUGAAGAAAAGACAUGUCCCUUCCAUGAGGCCAUAAGUGCAAAACCUCCAAUUCUGAAUACUGCUCCUGAGGCAGACCAGGAGUAGAAGAAAGACAAGGGAAGAAGACUCCAGCCAAAACAAAGGAGUCCUAGCAGAAUUCCCUAUCAGCCAGCAAAGAGUUGCCUGUGAGGGAAUAAACGAACUGAGACAUAGCUGUGCUAGCAGCAAUCAGAUAUGACAAGAACCGAGGAAGCAAUCUAGAGUGUUGGGUACCAUCUUCUUGGAGCUAUGGAGAAUUGCAAACUUGAAGAAUUAAACUCAUUCUAAUUAGGAGACCAUACAAACCUCCACAGGAUCGCAUAGCAGGAGACAAAUGCUUCAAGACAUAACUGCUAGUAGAGGCUGCUCACUGAUGGACAUUGUUAUUUUCUAGGGGGUCUGACAGGAAUAUUUGCUUUCUGUGCCAUAAUAAAUGUUCUUUGUUCAUUAA